CAUCCGUCCCAGUUUGGAAGCCUUUUCACUGACUGCUGGAGAGGAGGUGGCUGACCACUAAAGGACCUGUAGUAAGAGGGAAAACUGAGUUGCAGCCAGAGAAAGGUAAGUGGUUUACACAUUUUAUAGAAAACAAAUGCUCUUUGUUUUUAAAGUUUAUGUUGAAAUGUUUUUCCAGAACAUGAGUAGAGUUUUAAUAACAUGUUAGAUUCUUCAUUUAAAAUCCAGCUCUACAAUGAAACAAUUGCUUUGAGAUGGUGGGGGGGAAAAAAGCCAGUUUUUUAGUAUUUGUCCAUGCCAUAAAGUGUCACAAAGGAAAUCAAAGCAAAUCAUCUUAAAGAGUUUGAGUUUAGCUUUUCCGUUUAUUAUAUAUUGUGUGAAAUUUUGUCAGAUCUGACACAUGAAGAAAAUAAAUUAAUCACUUUAAUCAAGAUGGCUGUCUAUAUGGAAAACUGAUAUAUUUUUAUGGAGCAAACCAAGACUUGUAUAUUAAUCUAGAACCUGUAGAACCAACUUAGUAGGUUUUGAGAUUUCACCAGGUCUAUGUGCAACAACACAUAUUGUGUAAGCAAAACAAAUAGCACUUUUGACUCUUUGUUUCAGUUCACGAUGCAUGUACCCCUGGCUCUCUGGAUCUUAUCAGCAGUGGUCUGUGUAGGAAGAAGCCAUCAUCACAUAGGGCACGGCGAGGAGGCCCAAGGCCCCGCUGGAGAUGGCAGUGACAACAAAAUGUCGCUGGUGACCUCGGCAAACAAAGAGUUUGCAUUCCGUCUGUACACAAAGUUGGCGGAUCAUGCAUCCUCCAAGGGCAAAAACAUCUUCUUCUCUCCGGUUAGCGUCUCCACUGCCUUGGCUGCUCUGAUGGUGGGGGCCCGGGGGGAGACUCACCAGCAGCUUUUCAGAGGGAUGGGCUUCAGCAGCUCCCAGCUGGCUCAGACAGAUGUAGACCAGGCCUUUCGUACACUCCUUGCAAACAAAGCAUCUCAUGAGGACCUCAGCCAAGGCACCGCUGUGUUCGUAGACAACCGCUUCAAUGCAAACCCUGAGUUCCUGGAUGUCCUGAAGCAGUCCUAUUCUGCCGAGGGCUUCAAUGUUGACUUUGCCAACACCACAGAGAGCGCCGAUACCAUCAAUCAGUAUGUAUCGGGUAAGACUAACGGGAAGAUAGACAAGCUGGUAGAAAGCCUGGAUCCAAGCACAGUCAUGUAUCUCCUCAGCUACAUCUACUACAAAGGUAAAUGGGAAACUCCGUUUAAUCCUCGGGAGACCUUUAUGGACAGGUUCAGAGUGGACGAAAGCAAUGAGGUUCAAGUCCAGAUGAUGACAAAGAAAGAAGAUGUUAAAAUCUAUGAUGACCAGGCCAUCAACACAAAAGUCCUCCACCUGCCUUUCAACAACUCAUACUCCAUGCUGCUGCUCUUACCUGACAAUAUGGCAGUGCUGGAGCGCAAUAUCUCCCCCGCACAUGUUACUAAAUGGUUGAAGUGGACGAAGUCAGGGACGUACAGGAUCUUUGUUCCCAAGUUUUCCAUCAAGACCUCCUACGAACUGAAUGAUGUGCUGACUGGAAUGGGAAUGGCAGACAUGUUUGGGGAUCGUGCAAAUCUGAGCGGCAUUGCAGACUGCCUGUUUGUCUCUAAGGUGGUGCACCAAGCCACACUGGAUGUCGAUGAGGCCGGAGCCACAGCUGCAGCAGCAGCCACCGGUAUCAAAUUCCGGCUACUUUCCUCCAUCAAGUACCCAGAGUUGCGGUUCAACCGUCCUUUCAUGGUGAUCAUCACUGAGCGAGUUCCAGAAAACAUUCUCUUCAUUGGCAAGAUUGUCAACCCAAACCUCUGAGGGAAGAGAUCCCAUCUUUGUUAGUACAGACUAAUACAAAGAAAAUACUUUGUGUGGUGUAUUGUUCUCGCUGCAUGCACACAUGAAGAUGCAUUAACAUUGUAUUUGCUGCUCCUGAAUAAAGAAAUGUCCUAAAAUAAAUGCAACACA